GUUCUGUAAUACCUUUAGAGUUCCACACUGGUGAAAUUUUUCGGUUCACGCACUGUGUAUUACAAAUAUCAUCACAUCCAUGUGUAUCAGGCUCUGUCGCUUUGAUCUGAUUCUUUGCAAAUGCUACACUUCUCUGAGGCAGGAGUAAGGCCUGCUUUCAAAUGCUUUUAUCCGUGUUCGUCAGGUUUUUCCCCAAACACUAGGCAUCUUUUCAAAUGCAGCCAUGGACGAGCUAGACCAGCAAAUCAUCCAGGUCUUCAAAGAGGUGGAAUGUUCAUUCUGGCACACUGAUCUCAACUCCUUGGAAGAUCUAUCUGCCGAUGACAACAUUGACAUUAAAUCUGUUAUUCUUUUCGGAUGCCUGUGGCUGAUUUCACCAGUUUCAAAAACGACCAUCCCUUCAUACAAACUUCCCCAGAAUAUCCUGCAACGGUUUCACACCGUCACUUAUCUUGCCGACGCAUUCAAGGAAAAUAAUGUUAGGGGAGAUUUCGGCUAUCAGACCCUACUAUAUGGGAGCACAGCAGAACUUCGGCAAAUCUUUAUUGCAGUAAUUGAAAAGCUUCCGAAGAAUGCUACGCCACAUGCAGGAGAGAAUUUCGCGCAGCUCCUGACUGAUUCGGCAUGGAUUCCCGAGUUUUGUCGUCGCCUUAGGAUGAGGCGACAAGGUCGCCUGUGGUUCCCUCCUGAGAACGAGCCCGACAUCUUUGCGCUGUUUUCGCGCAGGGCGCUUUAUGAUGCUCUGGUUGCGGAUCAGUCCAAGUCGGCUGUUGCGAACCUGGUUUCAGCGAGUCGUUCAAAACCUCCAGUUCCUGUGAAACCAAGCGGCCUGGGGAAGCCGGAUGUCAGUGAGAAACCUGUUGUUGAGGAAAAGGAUCCCUUGGAAUUACGUUUGACAGAGGUUCUACAAGGCAUCGCUGAUAAGCAGGAGGCGCUCAUGAAAAUCGAAGGUGAAAUUGCGGAAGUACUACAGGCAAACUCAUUAAUCAAGGAAAGCCUCGAUCCCAAUAUUGACAGGCUUAUGUUGUUUCUGGAGGAUCCUGAAACUAUGAAGGCAAAGAUUUUGAGUUUUAUCAAGGAAAGCGAUGGCCGCCUAGAAAAGAUGGAAAUGGAAUUCAAAGACUCCCGGGAGAAACUACUCUGUGAUCUGGAGCUGUUGAAAAAUCAACAUUCACAACAGAGUCUUUCUUGUAAUGAGCAAAUACAACGAAAUCGCGAAAAGCUGGAUGAAAUUCGCAGAGGAGUAGAACAAAACGAGGCUCUUGCUGGGAAGUUGGAAGCUCGAUUGGAGCAGAUGCAAAAGACUGACGUAGAUCGAGCGUCUAUGAUACGUCGUAUCAUGGAAAUGACGGCAAGUAUCCAGAAGCAAGAUCAAGAAAUACAGAAGGUUAUACACGAUAAUUUGGGCGUGCAGAAAGAGCUGAAAUGGUUGACUCAAACGCUACAUCGCACGUUUGGCAUGAUCGAAGAGACUCUAUACAAGGAUACGGAUGAUUCGAAGGGCGAACGUGCGUAUAAGUUGUUUGGCAAAUUACAUACUACAUGCAUGAUCUCUGUAGAGGCAAUAGAACAGAAUGGAGCUUUGUCACGUCAAAAUGAGCAGUUGCUUGACCUGAUUGAAAUUGAGAAGCAGAGGCAGUUUGACCAGCAAUUAAAUCGAAUCCAAGCCGAUUUGGAUGCCAUUGAGAAAGAAAAUGCAAGGCUUGAAAUGUCGUUGAAAACAAAUCAGUCUUAACUGUGAGCACAUUAAGGUUUUGUUCACGCUAUAUCCUUUGUCUGUGAUUGCUAAUCUCUGAACGCCAUAUUAGAACAAUAUGCAUACUAUCAUCUUUCACUGAUAAGUUGAAAACCAUUUUUAAUUAUAUCUACGGAUCUGCCUUUUGCCUACAAUUCCUUAGACAGGUAUUAUUCUCGUUUUUUAUAGUUUUCCCAUUCCAUACCGCUUUGCGGGUUCUUCGACACCGUGCAAAUAUCAUUUUUUUCGUAUAUCCCAGAUAAAUUGUAUC